AAAUGUAUGGAAUCUGGUCUGAUAUGCUUCUACUUUAUAAGCUGUUUUAUUUAUAUUACAUCAAUUUGUCUUUUCAAGACCUAAUAUUAAAGUGAAAUAAAUUCAGCAGUUACAAAGGAGUUAAUACAAAGGGCUAAAUAUAAGGAGAAAAAUCGUCCCUGGUGUUAAUGGGCCAAUAUAGAAAAUAUCAGGUUUGGAGGAAUUCUCAUUCCAUAUUUUUAUCAUUAUAUGUACCCAUGUGAUUACUGAAAUACUAAAGUUGGAAAUCAGGAGAGGAAAUAAGGAGAGUAAAACUGGGCAGCCAUGUGGAUUCAGUGUAGAGACCUUUGACACACCUAAAUUAUUGAACACAGUUUUCUUUUUUAAUGAAAUGCCCCAGGCCAGUAUAAAGGAAACAGUUGUGAUGAUGUCAGAAGACUUGGUCUUAAGUGUACUCCUGUCACGUAGCUGUACACUCUUGGGAAGUUCAUCCUUGCUGGGCUUUAGUUUACCCAGUGGUAAAAUGGGGAUAAUAAUAAGGGCCUGCUUCACUAUGAUAUUAAAAGGAUUAGAUAAGAUAAUACUCAUGAAUGUACUUUAUAUUACUAAAGUUGUGUAUGUAAAUUGAAUUUUUAAUCAAUAAGGGGCUGGGUUUUAAGAUAUUUGUCUGUAUCAUGUUAAUAAUAUUAAUAUUAUACAAUUUUAAAUAAUGAGUUAGAACCAAAAAAUUAGUGAUCCACCCUGCUCCCAAUAGACCAGUACUUUUUUUUUUUUUUUUUUUUUUUGACACAGAGUCUUGCCCUGUUGCCCAGGCUGGAGUGCAGGGGGGCCAUCUCGGCUCACUGCAACCACUGCCUCCUAGGUUCAAGUGAUUCUCCUUCCUCAGCCUUCCCGAGUAGUUGGGACUACAGGCGUGUGCCAUCACACCUGGCUAAUUUUUGUAUUUUCAGUAGAGACAGGGUUUCACCGUGUUGGCUAGACUGGUCUCUUAACUCCUGAUCUCAAGUGAUCCACCUGCCUCAGCUUCCCAAAGUGCUGGGAUUACAGGCCUAAACCACCACGCCUGGCCCAAUAGACAAAUUCUUGACAUGUGUUUACGUGUGUGUUUAUGGUGUAGUUCUUAACAGUAUACACAUUGAUAUAUUUGUGUGUAUAUUAUAAAUAUAAAUGUACUGGUGUGUUGUCAUGGGAAUGAAAAAUUUUAAUUAUGAGCUUUUGUGUUUUAAAAAUUUUAUUAACUAUGCAAAUUUUAUUUUUAUGUGUUAAUAUACAAACUUACAUAAAUAUAUAUAUUUGUGUUUGGAGAAGUGACAUACACACAUUUUGGAGAAAUGACAGAUUUUAAAUGUUUGACAAGUUGUGAAUGGUUUUUGUACCUUAGGUUUAUCUGUUGUCAUCAAUAAUAAAGAGUGUUUGUUAUGUAUAGUGCUAAGCCUUUUUACACAUAGGAUCUCAUUUAGUUUUAAUCCUCACAGCAAUAUUCUGAGGAUUUACUAUUAUUAUCCUACCUCCAUUUUACAAAUGAGGAAGUAGAGGUUUCCCUCAGAUCACAUAGGUAACAAAUGAUACAACCUGGAUUCAAGCCAGGUUUGAUUCCUGAGCCCUUGCUCUUAAGUGUCCAAAAUGCUAUACUAAACUAUGUAAUUCCCAUAGAAACCUAGAAAUGAAUUACUAAAGAAGUUUUCAGUUUACUGAAAUGGCCACAGCUACAGUGUAUCAUUUUGAGGCUGUUUCAUGUUGAUUUUGGUUGGGUUAGGUUGAAUAGUUUGAAAAUAGUAAACAUUGGAAUGGGAUGGAAAUGAAGACAUUUGGGACAGUGCCUGCUUUGUUUAUCCUUGUAUAUCCAUUGCCAAGCGUAGUGCGUCGCAUGGGGUGGGGUCUAAUAGCUAUUUCUUAAAGUUUGGAAGUUGGGCACUUUAUAAAGCACGGUGUAAGUUAGUUUAAUACAUUUUUUUAGUAGGUGCAAAUGGUUUACAUUCACUAUUUCAGUCAGUCCUUAUAUAACUAUCAACGUUUUAGAGUGUUAGAUAAGUGUCCUUUCAAGAAAUAUUACAAAAGCUGUGCAUCUAAGUUAGAAAGUCAUUCUAGCAAUAUAGAUAUGUAUAAAGUAGAAAAUUAGUCAUUCCGUUCCCAUCCUACUUUUAAACUUUUCCUGCGCAUUUACAUAUGUAUUUUAUAUAUACACACACACACACACACACACACACACACAUUUUUAAAGAAGUUUAAUUAUACCAUAAUACUCUCAAAGUUUACUUUUUUCCAGGUGACUAUUUAAAAUUGUUUAUUUUUGAAAACAGGGCUCAUGUGGGAAGUGGGAGUAAGGUUGGAGGAAGAGAGGUGGGUAAGAUUUAUACAUUAAGAUUCCAAACCUAAUGCCCUAGAUUGAUUGUACCUCGUGCUUUCGGAAAUGGUCAUUGUUAUUUUUAAAACUUAAAAAAAAAUCAAUUUAAAAUGACAACAUUGUUUUCUGUCCUAUAUAAGUAAUUUAGGAGGCAUCAUUUCUGAAUUAAAUGAUUCUAGUUUAUUCUAGUAGCUACUUAUAAAGAGAGCAAUUGUGUUUUCAGAUAACAUUUAAAAAAAACUGGUAAUCUCUCUUCCAGGUUGUUAGGACACAUUUAUUUCACAUUUACAAAGUAAAGUAGGCAAGAAUUGGGGCAAACCUGUAAAAAAGAAAAAAUUAAAAAAGUAAAGUAGGAUUUUAAAACCAAGAUAAUACAUGUAAUAUUUUAAUUAAUAGAAACUCAAACUAGUACUGCUUAAUCAGUGUAAAGAUACCCUGCAUAGGAAUUAGUCCUGGUCUUCACAACUUCAUGUGAGUAGUGUGGGCUGACCUCAUCCCCACCUAUCCCUACUCAGUCAACCACUACCAAAUGCUAUGCUGGUAACUCAGUAUUUUUUAAUGCAGUUAAAAAAAAAAAAAAAGUAAGUUAUUUGAGUGCUGUUCAUUUUUUCUGGCAUUAUAUUUAGAAAGACAUGCUAAAGGCCUUAUAAUCUACAUUAAAUAGAACUCUUUUGAUUCCAGCUUUGAGAGUUUUAACUUGUUGCUAAGAUCAUUAGUCAUAAUUCACCUUUGUAAUUUUUAAAUUAAAAAAUUUUAUUACACAGGUAAUAAAAAGUUUUCAUUAUAGAAGUUUUUAAAAAAGCCUUUCUAAUCCUAGAAUACACUCCUUGCAUCUAAGGUGCUUUAUGCUUCUUUAGAUCCACGAAGUGCUGAAGCCUUGCCUUAAAAUCCUAAGAAUUGGACCUGGUAGAAUGUAGCAGUUUAUUUAAACUAUAGAGUAGUCAAUGUUUUUUACAAGCCAAGUUUAGUUUUUCUCAUUGGUAGCAUUCAUAAAUAUGCUUUUCCUUUUGAGUGGCUCAGACCAUGUCCUACAGAGUAUUUUAUUCUUGUUCAUUCUAGUCUAAUAAUGUACAGAGGGCUCAAUUAAUGUUAUGGAUGGUGAAACUGAGAGACAAGAAUUUGACUAAGUUAGUGGUAGAGCCUAGUUUUCCUUUUUUAUUCUAGACUCAGUCAUCUUGACCAGUACUCUCUACACUUUUAAAAAUUAUGGUUACCAGUUAAAUGUAUGAUAGUCUAAACUAGUGUUUUAUGCAUGUUAUCAAACAUAUAGGAAAUUUGAAAUUUUUAGAAGGAUGAGAUUUUAAAAUAUAAGUUGUAAUAAUUUCUUCCCAGUGGCUCCCUUCCUCAGGGUACCCACACCCACUUGGAGACGAGUGCUCAAGAUAGGCCAUUCUUCCUGCAGAAGAGGCAGCCGUGGGGACAGCUGGAGGACAGUUGGUAAAAGGUGUGGGACUUUUAAGUUGGAGUGAUCUUUUGCAGCUUUUUAAUUUUAAAGAAACAGCCUUUCUUUCUGUGAAAGGCUGAAGGAUUGAAAGUAUAGGCCUGGAGAGAGGUGAGCUUUGAAAGACAGAAAUAUAAACCUUAUUUGUUUUCCUCAGAGUUGACCAAAAGGGAAAGGGCUGCCUGCCCUGAUAGCUUCUACUCCCAUUGAGAUGGCAGUGCGUUUUUCUGUUGUUAGGCAGUUUAUAGAAUGCAGGAUAGCUUGGUAAGCGUCUUCUCUGUGCCUGAUGUGACGUAACAUUGUGGAGUAUGCAGCAUGCAUGUUAAGUACAAGUGGUUGUAUUUGGCUUGUUGCUGCAGCAUUUUUGAAGAUGUCUUAAAAAGCAAUUAUCAGUGGAUGGAGUUGGAUAUGUGCAAAUUAUUGAAAUCAUCGUAUCUUGAAGACCAAACUUUGUAACUUGAAUUAUUCUAUUUAGUAUUUGUUUACUUCCCCCAACCCCCAACACCUCAGAGCAGAAUUCUUUUUCUGAAAGGAACAGAUGCCGUUAACUUAUCAGGACUUGAUACUAAAAAGCCUACAAAAAUCUUUGUGCUGUUUAUUUUCUUUAUUUAAUCUAUAUGCAAAACAUAUUGUAAUUAUUGCUGUUAGAGAGUUUUAAGCUGAUGGUUCCCCCCCACCCUUUUGUGCUCAGGGGAGAUAGAUUAGGAAUGCCAAAUUGACAACUUGGUAUACAGAAAUAAUGACCAUUGAAAUAAAACAGGAGUUCAAAUAAAAAGCAAAUCAGAUACAAAUGUAGAAUGAAAAUAUCUUUUAGUAAAAUGUUAGCAUGCUGUACUUGGAACAGAUGCCACAUUAAUUCAAAAGAGAGCCCAGAAAAUGUGGCAACUUUACGAUGUCAAUGGAGGGAGCUGCAAUAGUUCCUGUUUUCAUUGUGUCAGGUUCUCAGUACCUUUAGGUCCAGUCCUGUUCCUUGUAUUUAUUUUCUGUGUAUUAUGUGUUAAUAUACAAAUAUUAAAUCUGUGCCUAAUACUUAUAUUUGUGUAAUUAAAUACAUUGUCAUGCUAUUAGAUAUUAGUAUAAAAAGCCCAAUAACUUAUACUGCAAUAGUCAUGUUUUUUGUUUUAAAUACACCUAUCAAGAUAUUCAGAAUCUGAAGCAAAAAUUCUCUGCGUCCUUCAAGGCACAUUUAUGAUAAGAAGGUAGUCUAAGAAUUGAGUCUUUCAAAGAGGCCUAGUGCUUUUUAAAUGUAAAAUUUGGACAAGUUACAAAAUUAUGAGAAUUUUGCUUUUUUCUCAUUUAAAUUUGUAGUUAUCAUUGGACAUUUGUUAUGAUUUUUAAGUAGCUUAGACUCAUUCAUUCCUUUUGUUUUUUUUUUUAUGGUGUUUGGGAAGAAGAAGGGGUGAUGGAAGGGUACUGUACACACUGGGAUAUUUUCAGAGUGACAUUCAUUUUAUAGAAGAUUGCACAGGGACGUCUCUGAAUUGCCCAUUUCUUGCAGUUCCUGGUUAAUGUGGGUCUGAGUGUGGAGAAAGGUGGGCUGGGGGCUCUUAACCAGAUUUACAGUGUGCUACUUCCUGAGUCGUGCAAUGAUCUAAUCAUCAGGGGCAUGUCCUGUGUGCCUGUAAAGACGUCUGGCGCACAUGCUUGGAAAGCACUACUAGUUUUCUCUCAGUGAAGCUUACAAUUUAGUAAUUUGGUAAAAAGGUUAAAAGUUUUGUUUUCAUGUAAUUCGAGUGAAGGGGAGUUUAUAGCAUGUCAGUAGAACACAGAGGUUAAGAAUGUUAGUGCAGGAGCCACUUUGCAUGGGCCCAAAUCCUAGCUUUGCCACGUAUUAGCUCUGACUGUGGCCAAAUGACUUCCUGCUCUGCCUCUGCCUCAGUUUCUUCACCUGUAAAAUUUGAAUAAAAUGAAGUGGUUGUGAGGAAUAAGUGAGUUAAUGUAUAUACUAGUAGAAGUGCCUGACACAUAGUAAGUACUAAAUAAAUGGUACUUAAGCUUAGUUUUCUGCUCCUUUCUUCUCUUCUCAAGGAUUGAGACAAGUAUUAGGAUAAGAGCCUGAGCUUUGGCAUCUGACUCCAGUAUUUGAAUCUCAGUAUAACCACUUAAAGUUUAAUGUGUGACCUUGGACUAAUUAUUUAAGCUCACUCCAAUAAAGAUGUAUCACAUACAUGCUGUAUACCACUGUGCUGGUCACUGGGACUUCAGUUUCUUCAUCUGUGAUACAGAGAUGGUAAUACCAGCCUCCUAGGGUUCAUGUGACAAUAAAAUGAGGAAAUCUUGAGACACUCAAUCGUGAUAGCUGCUCUUAUCAUUGUUAUUGUUAUUAUUACAGUCCCACUAAAAGUUUAUGGGAAAAGAGUAAAUAUGGAACAAUUUAGCUGGAGAGGUUUUUUUCUCCCUUGAAAUGCAUGGUGAUAAAGAGUAUAGAUGAUAAAAGUGUUAUCUAAUGAGUUCUUAUUUGUGAAUACCUCUGGGAAAAACAGAAAAUACAUGGGAAUAUGUCAGUUUUAACAAAGCCUGCUAAAUAUUUUAGGGGAUUUAAUGUUUAUUAAAACCCAUAGUGAUAUAAGGUUUUCUUUUUUUUUCUCAACAGCUGGUAAGACCAGCGCCAAGAUAUUGAUGCAGUUUAUAGUAGGUCUCUUAGAAUCAAGUCAGUAGUAGACUAGGCAUUGUAACUUUCAAGUCUUAAAUACUCAUCAGCUGGUCAGUCCAUUGGGUCUGACAAAUUGUGUGUAUUUAACCCUUGAGAACUCAUGCUUGGGUGUAACAACUAAUGGAAACAAUUGUAGAACCCCAGAGAUAUAAAAGUGGCAUACAAAUGCUUUCUAAUAAUGAUGGGCACAGUUUAUUUGCUUUCUGAUUUUGGGCAUUUUGCCUUUGUGAAAUUUCCUCUCAUUUGGUGCCUGAUGUUUUCUUAUGGUAACUGUUAUUUUCUUUCUAUAUUUAAUUGUCAUAAGCUACCUAUAUUGAGCCUGGAAACUGAGCCUGAGAACAAGUUGAUUAUGAGAAAAGGUACAAUGAUCUCCUCAGAUUUGAGGGGUUUUGGGGUAAAUAAUUGAGUUAAUAUAUCCAUUAGAAUGUAUGUAUGUAUCUGUCUUACGUAUCUCUCUGUCUUGUAAGUGAAACCAGUAAAUGAGGUAAGGGGAAAGAUCAUUAAGUGUAAAAUAUAAUUAACUUUGUUCAUUCACUACUGAUCAGGAUCUGAACGUUUUGGGUCUUUGAUCCUUGAUAACGUUUUUUCUGUGAUUCAAUAAAUGUAUUUGUAAUAGCUUACCAAAACAUUCUGAAUAUGGCGUAUGUUACCCUUAGCAAGAAUUUAAGUUAAAGUAGCAUAAUGGCUCCUAUUAACUUUUUGUUCUCACUAACCCAGCUGUACCAUUUGAUAAAGGUCUAGUAGGUGAAUAGGUGUAUUUACUAUAGGUGAAUUGGUGUAUAUUUUAUUUUGUCCCUGUUCCUAAAGCAUUGUAUCUCGUUUCUGAGGAGAAAUUCCAACGAGUUUUUAAAAAAAUAAAGUGUUGUACUUUGGCUCGACAGAUAUUUUUAAAACUAAGCAAUUUUAUAAUGGGUUGUAUAGUUAUCUUUCAAUUAAAUAAUUGUAAUCUUACUUUGCAAUAGAGUGACCAUUAAGUAAAGCAUUAUAGUUUUAAAAUUAGCAUAGCAAAUAUAUAGUAUUAAGUUUACUUUAGCUCUUUGCAGAAUUUGUAAAAGUUGUUUCAGUUGGUUGAAUGGAAUUGUAGAAAGUUUAGAAGUAUAUUUCAUUUUGAUAAAUAUGUGUUAGAAAGAGAUUCUACAAGCGUUUGGGGGUUGAAUUAAAGAAUUACACAAUUUUGAAAAUCAGUUUGUCCCUGCUUAAUCUGUAAAAAGUGGUGCUGUAUGUGACGGGGGUGCAGUCCCAUUUCAGCUCUGCAGGACCCUGUCCAGCCGGUGAUGCUCCUGUGUAGAGAUGCCGCCGGUGAUUGCCCAGACUCCCUCUGUUGCCUUUCCUUUCCUGCUUCUCUGCUUACUCUCUCGAUGGUCUCUUUCCGUCCCCUGCCUGUUGUUCAUCCUUCUCUUCUAGCACCACUGUUUUAUUUCUAUUUCUCUUAAAAACAAAACACCGUUGUAAUUAUUAGUUUUUAAACAGGGAGAUACUGAGCUAUUAUCAAAACCUUAAGCUUUGACAGUUUGUGGGGAUACCCCCUACUUUGGGCCCUCAGUUGGAAUUUGGAGAAUGGAUAGCUUAAAAUCACUUGCACAGUAACUGAAUAUUUGUAAAAUACUUUAUAUCUGGACUAAGGGAGAGAAUAGAAAAAUACCUUUUUACCUCAGAAAUUGCUGUAUUUUCUGGUUGGGGUGAGAUAGAGGCAAAGUUGAGGAAGAGGCAGGCAUGUUACUUAACUAAAAUAAGCAUUAAUUUAUUAGAUUGCUCUCUAGUCUCGUGGACCUAAUUGGAGAAUUAAAAAAUGGAAAUUUUGGUGUUGUGAAUUGCUAAAAUAUUUUGAUUUAUUAAUUGAGAAGACUAGGCUUUCUUUCCUUGAUUUGUAAAUACAGAAUACGACUGAUGCCUUAUUAUAUAUUGAUCUUUUUACAUGUCAUUGGUUGAUAGUUGCAAAGUAGCAGACACUUUCCUUUUUAGAUUUCUCUUAGUGGUUUUAAAUUGUUAACAUAAUUGUUUGGUAAGAAAAAUAAAACUUGGAAAUUAAUUACGGUUACAUGUUGAGUUAAUGUCUGUGCUGGAUUUAAAAUCAGUAGCUUCUGGUCGGGUGUAGUGGCUCAUGCCUGUAAUCCCAGCACUUUGGGAGGCCGAGGUGGGUGGAUCACAAGGUCAGGAGUUUGAGACCAUCCAGGCUAACAUGAUGAAACCCCGUCUCUACUAAAAAUACAAAAAUUAGCUGGGCAUGGUGGCACGUGCCUGUAAUCCCAGCUACUCAGGAGGCUGAGGCAGGAGAAUCGCUUGAACACAGGAGUCAGAGGUUGUAGUGAGCCGAGAUUGCGCCACUGCUUCCAGCCUGGCGACAGAGCGAGACUCCGUAUUAAAAAAAAAAAAAAAGAGAGACCAGCACGGGCAACAUGGCGAAACCCUGUCUCUACAAAAAAUACAAAAAUUAGCCGAGUGCGGUGGCAUGUGCCUGUAGUCCCAGCUAUUAGGGAGGCUGAGCUGAGUGGAUUGAUUGAGCCUGGUAGGUCGAGGCUGUGAGGCUGUGAUUGUGCCAUGCCACUGCACUCCAGCCUGGGCAACAAAGCGAGACACUGUCUCAAUCAGUCAAUCAGUUCAGUAGCUUCUAAGAUCUAUACCAGGCAUUUCAUCUGUUAUUUAAUUAUACAUAGAGAAAAAUAUUUGAGACAAGAGCCUUUAUAGGAUUUUAAAUAACUUCUUAUUAUGGAAAUUUAAAAACAUUUAUAAAAAUAGAGUGAAUAAUAUAACCCCACGUACCUAUUCCCUAACUAACAAUUACCAGCAUUUUGCCAAUCUUUAUUUAUAGUGUGUAAAACAUAACAGGAAAGUAACUUUGUGUUUUCAAAACAUGCACUACAGUUAGAUACAUUGGUAUACUCAAAGGAAAACUGUGUAUGAGAAUGUUCUUUUCAUACAUUGUUAGUUUAAUACUGGUAAUCCCUUUUAGGAUAGUAUUUUCAUUUGUCUUUUAACUUACUGAAGAUGUCUGAGCCACCACUAACUUAAUGAAGAACCAUGCCUGCUGGAAAGAUUUUAGCUUUUCUUACUCCUUCUGCUUUUAGAAGUUCUGAGAUUAUUAGUUUUGAGCUUGUGUUCUUAGGAGUUGCAUUUUAUUUUAUGUACACUUUCUUAUCUGUGGUGGUUGUAUGGACCGCCGUUUCUUAGCAUAAGCAGGACAAUAUAUAAGUCAGCUUAAAGUUGCAGGUCACAAGUCUUGUUCCACACUUCCUUCUUGUGCAUAUUCUAUUUCUAUUUAACCCGAAUGUGUGUAUUGGUUAAGGAAUGCUUGUUUCACUUAUAAAAUGGUUUGUCGAGGAGGUACUUUUGACUACCUGCUAUCUUUAGACGUGGUAACAGUGGUUAGAAACUUGUUACGUGCUCCCUUGUUUGCUCUUCUUUGCACUGUAAGUUGUACCUAUGCCUGCAGUUGUGGGGCGUGUUCAUUAGGAGUCACUACAAGGUAAUGGUAGCCUUAUUUCUGAAUUUAUUUUGUUGCAUUAGUUUAAAUCAGACCCAUAGGUGUAAUUAUUCCACCCCAAUGCAUGGGGAAGCAUAGUUAGUGGAAGUUGUGCAUUUAAACCCCUGUGCAUUGAAAAUGUGUCUUUAAUGUUAUGAUGUUAUUUGGCAUCUAUCAUUUAGUGCAAGGAGUAUACUUAUUUAACAGGACCUUUAAUAAGUUCCCUCUACACCAAAGAUAUAUUUUUAAAAAUUAUACUUAAGAAGACUUUGUAGUAUUCCCCAGAAGAGUUCAUCUAUAGCAGCAAAACCUUUCUAAAAUAAAACUUAUUCUUUUAACCGAUAUUCAUUUAAGUGGGUUUCUCUCUACUUGGUUUCCAUGGAAAUAGCGAAUAGCUAACGUUAUUUAUAAGGUGGAAGUAAAAUAGGGUGCCUAAUGGGACCCCAUGCUGCUCUGAUGAAGAGACUUAGGAAAAAAAAUCCAUGCUCAUGGGAUUUUUUUUUUUUUUUUUUUAAACAAGGUUAAUGGAAGCCCUGAUUUCAGUCUUCUGUAACAGAACAUAUUUUUGGUCUUAAAGGCUAGCAUUAAUAUCAAGCAAACAACUUCUUUUUGAGGUCUGUAUUGCUUUCACUUUCAAGUUUUAGGACUACUUACUUAUCAGCGUGAUUGAGGCAUGUUUCAGACUCCUGUUUCUUUGUGGUUUUUGUUUCAAAAGUUAAAAUUCCUAGUGUAUUGUAGCUGCUUCCGCUUCUCAUUGACAUUUCAAAGUACUGAUAAAAAGAUAAAUGUUCAUUAAGGAUAGCAGUGGUGAGAAAGGAUCAAUAUGUUGGACUACAAAGAUUUUUUUAAAAAUGUAAAUUGUAUGGAAGCAUUUUUAGUUUUUAGGCCUAAAGUCAGGGUUCCUUUUUAUUUGUGUUGUGGAGCUAAACCUGUAUAGUGAGAGAGAAGAGAUUCUAAUUUUCUUUCAGGCUGGAAACAGGGAAAAUCUUAAUUUCUCUUUCCUUUUUAAAAAAUGGAUUGUUGCCAAAACCUUUUAACUGAAAUAAAUGUUAAUUCUUUUAGUGCUUGAAAUGUGGAUUUGGAAUAAACCUUGGCUUUUUUCUCACUUCUUCGGUAAGGCCUACUCUGAGUUUUCUAGGCCUGCAGCAAAGCCUUGCAUUUUUUAAGCCCUUUCAAGUGAAAGAGUAUCAUUCCCUUUGUGUUUGUGUUUGUGUUUAGGGGGUGUGUGUGUGUGUGUGUGUGUGUGUGUGUCUAAUUUUUCUGUAGCCUGAAAGGCACCUGCUCAUUUUCCAGCCUAGUGAGUACAGCAGUGCUAUAUUGAGAAGUGAGGCAAGAUGGAACACAAUAAGGUGCUAUAAUUUUUAUUUAGUUAGUUUUGCUCGUCCUCAGCAGCUUGUGAUCACUGUCCAUUUAUCUGGAAGUACUCUGAUUAUUCUUGGCUAUCAGUGCAGCAGGAGUUUUCUUCUGUGUUUAAAGCAAGGACUAUAGUAUACUGAGGGCUCCAUCAGGGAGGAGUUGAGUUUUGUUUUGUGUGUAUGUGUUUCUCUGGAUAAGCUUCUGGCUAUAGUUGGGUUCACUGUGCUUUAAUUUUUUAAAAUUUGGUUGUUUUAAUCUUGUUGAAUUUAUUUUUGUGUGAGAUAUUUUUCUCUAGCAAUUUACUAAUUUCUUCUGUGUAUGUUGAUGCUAUUUUAUAAAAUUUUCUUAAUGUGUUAAUUGUUCUUUUAGUUUAACUUUUUCUUGUUUAUUUUUAAAAUCUGGUAUCUAGCAUUGACCUUUCUUAGUGACUUUUAUUUGAAUUAUCUUGUGCUUUAGAGACAUAGGAGUUUGGGUCUAUUAUCCCAUUUCUGAGCGAACAACUCCCAGUAGUUACGGUUAGUGCAAUAGAAAGGGUUCUCACAGAUGCAGUGCUGGGCGUUGAUCCUCCUCCUUGGUGCUUAUGGUUUACACCCAGAACUCCCAUUAGUGUUAAUAGGAGGCACUUCCUUAAAUCCCUGUACACCAAAAUAAGCUCAAACUCUUUUAUAAUGCCUUAUAGAUACCUGAGUUGUUUUUUUGUUGUUAAUGACAAGAAUUUUAUUCCUGAGGUUAACUGAUUAUUCAGAUAGAGUUUGAGUUGUCUUGGGAUAUGGAGUGAUUUACUAAGUCUGAUCUAUAAUUAAGUUUUCGUUAUGAUGAUUAGACUCAGAAAACAGCUUUGUGAGAGCUAUGGAAGCUUGUGAAUAAGAAUUUUUGUACUUUAUAGAGUGAGGAAGCAAGAUUUCUUCUUUCUAUUUAUUUCUGCUAUUUCUUCUCAACCAUAAAAAAUGGUUCUAACAGUUUUUGUAUAUAUUGUAAGAAGACUUAGAAAAAUUGUUUUGUUUUUUAUUUUACUUAAAAGCCUUCCUGUAAUUACCCUCUGGCCUCAAAGUCUUUUAUUAGCUAGUGUGGCUAACAUUUUUCAAGCAUAUAGAAGUUAAUAUGCACUGUUUUAGAACUUAGACACUACAACCACUGGUCAAGUAAUAGAUAAUCAGUGUUUACUACACCCAUCUGUGAAUUGUGGAUUUUUAUUACUUUCAUUUAUUUAUGUACAGUCUAAUGGAAAGAUUCCUAGAUUGAGAGCAAUCAAUCUGGGUUUUAGGCUGAACUUUGCCUGUCAUUAUCUUUGUAGAUUUUAGCUAGUCAUCUGGACUUCUUGGACCUCUGUUCCUCCGUGAAAUGAAGGUAUGGAUCUGCCCUCUGAGGUGUCCAUUCUAGUUUUAGGCUGUUUGAAGGCCUACUUUCCUAGGUACUGAAGGAAAUAGAGUACUGUAAGGCAGGCAAUGGUUUCUAAUCCUGGCUCCCUAUUAGAAUCUUUUGGGGGAACUUAAAUACAGAUCUAUGGGUUCUAAAUAAGACAUAAUAUAUUCAAUAUCUUUAAGGGUAGGGCCUGUGAACCUGUAUUUUUUGAAGUUUUAUGUGUUAUCCUGAUCUAGGAUUGAGAACUACUUGUACAAGGUAUUCUAUUCUUUUGUGUAUGUGUGUGUGUGUGUUCUAGUUAGGGAGAUGUCAUAUAGGUUAGAUUAAAAUGUGAGGCAGUGUGUGGUUAAAUUUGAAAAUGAAUGAGAAAGAGGAUAAACACCUUAAGAGUUUAAACAAAGGCUGAAUUGGGAAUUAGGAUGGUUUGAGCAGGUCUCUGUUAAUCUGCGAGUCUUUAUCUGGACCCUAGUGUGUGGGUGAGAUUUGGAUAGUUAGAGAGAGGGUAAAAAGGUAUUAUUCUUGUUAUAAGGAAGAGCAUAAGUAAAAGUUGGGGAGCGGAACAAUUCUGAUUAUAGUUUUAGUCUUUAUUUUAGUAUUCUUUUGCUCCUGCAACUGCUGUAGAUUUCCUUAAUAAUUUGAGGGAGUGAGCCAUGAAGAUAUUUGGAGGAAAAGAAUGUUCCAGAGCCCCAAGAAGGGAACUUGCCUGGAGGGUCUGAAGUACGGAAAAGAGGCCAGUGUUGCUGGAACGGAUUGAGUGAUAGGGAGAUGGGACGGCUUCGAGUGGCAGAGGCCCAAAUCACUCAGUGCCUGUGGGCCAUUGAAAGGAACUUCAUCUUUUCUCGGAGUAUGAUGGGAAGCCACUGGAGGGCUUUGAGCAGAGGAGUAACAAGAUCUGUCUUGGAUUUUGAAAAGCUUACUCUGGCUCGCGAGAGAAUAUACCUUAGCGGGGCUAGGGUAGAAUUGGGGAGGCCAGUUAGGAGGCUGUUGCAAUUAUCCAGGUGAAACGUGAAGGGGACUUGGACCAGGGAAGUGGUAGGAGAGUUGAGACAAGGGGUCAUGGUGGAUAUAUUUUGAAGGUAGAGGCACAUGGUUGGCUGUUGGAGUAGAUGUGUAGUGUGGAAACAGAAGAGUCUUAAGAUGACUUAGGAUUUUUUCUUCUGAGGGGGUGGAGUUACCAUUUAUUGAGAUGGGAAUGACUCUGAGGAGGAAGUUAGGGGAGAGGUAGUCAGGAGUUUAGUUUUGGAUGUGUUGAACUUGAGAUACCUAUUUGACCAGUGUUGAGUGGGCAGUUGGGUAUAUGAGUUUGGAAUUCAGGGGAAGGAUAUGUGCUAGAGAUAAACAUUGGGAAUUGCCAGUGUGUAGAUCCUUCUAUAGCCAUGAGACUGUGUGAGAUCACCUAAGGGGAAGAGUUCCAAGAACUGAGUCCUGGGACAGUUCCACAUUUUGAGGUGUUGGAGUCAAGGAGGAACCAGCAAAAGAAACCAAGGAGAGUAGCCAGAGAGUUGAGAAAGAAAAUCAGGAGAGGAUGGUCUCCCGGAAGUCAAGAGAAAAAAAAUUUCGAGGAGGAAGAAAUGAGCAGUGGGUCAAAAGAUACUGGUCAAGGAAGUGAAGACUGUUUUCUGUUGGAUUUAACAACUGUUAAAUCAUUGGUGAUCUUCACAAGAAUGGAGGAAGGCAAAGGCCCUAAUGGGUUGUGUUCAAUAGAGAAUGGGAGGAGAGGAAUUAGAGGGAGUACGGUUACCUCUUUCAGGGAGUUUUGCUAUAAAUGUAAGCCUAGACGGGGACAAUAACUAGAGAAGGAUAUGGAGUCAAGAGGGUUUUUUUUUUAAAUUAUUAUUUUUUAAGAUAGAAGGAACAAAAUGAUCCAGUAAUGAUGACGGGAAAAUUGAUGCUCCAUGAGAGUAAAAGGAAAAGAGCUAGAGGAAUGUCCAGGAGAGGGUAAGAGAGGUGGGUACAAGAGGGAUGGUUAUUAAGAUGUUGGGGCCCCAAGGACUAAACCUAUCAAGCGGGAUUCUGCUUUUUCUUCUAACCACUUAUCUGCAUUUAAAUUUAUUUCAAACUUACUUGCUUUCUGUUGGAAGUUAGGAAGGGUAGGUAAAAAGCAGUAAAGCCAGUGGUGUAUAAAACUCAGUUUUGGGGCCUCUAUCAGCUUGGUAUAGUAGGGGAAGAGAAGAGAUUGAAUCUUCUGGGGGGCUAGAGAGCUGAAGGAGAGCCAGUUUCCCCAAAAUUGGACUUCUCAGAACCUUUAAUAUGCUAAUGUGCAUUGUGAAUCUCCAAGAGGGGGAUAUGAUAUGCAGCAUUCUUGAAUACUUCUAAUGACAGGGAGCCCACUACCUCAUAAGCUGCAGUGAGAAGAGGAGUUUGUUACUUUAAACAGAGGCUGAAGAAACUAUAGAAUUAGCAGAGAAAGUGGAGAAGGUAGAGGAUGGAGUUGCAGACUCUACAGGAGGCUCUUAAAGUGGAAAUUCAGGUUCACCAGAAACUGGUUGCUCAAAUGAAGCAGGAUCCACAGAAUGCUGACUUAAAGAAACAGCUUCAUGAACUCCAAGCCAAAAUCACAGCUUUGAGUGAGAAACAGAAAAGAGUAGUUGAACAGCUACGGAAGAACCUGAUAGUAAAGCAAGAACAACCGGACAAGUUCCAAAUACAGCCAUUGCCACAAUCUGAAAACAAACUACAAACAGCACAGCAGCAACCACUACAGCAACUACAACAACAGCAGCAGUACCACCACCACCAUGCCCAGCAGUCAGCUGCAGCCUCUCCCAACCUGACUGCUUCACAGAAGACUGUAACUACAGCUUCUAUGAUUACCACAAAGACACUACCUCUCGUCUUGAAAGCAGCAACUGCGACCAUGCCUGCCUCUGUGGUGGGCCAGAGACCUACCAUUGCUAUGGUGACCGCCAUCAACAGUCAGAAGGCUGUGCUCAGCACUGAUGUGCAGAACACACCAGUCAACCUCCAGACGUCUAGUAAGGUCACUGGGCCUGGGGCAGAGGCUGUCCAAAUUGUGGCAAAAAACACAGUCACUCUGCAGGUUCAGGCAACACCUCCUCAGCCCAUCAAAGUACCACAGUUUAUCCCCCCUCCUAGACUCACUCCACGUCCAAACUUUCUUCCACAGGUUCGACCCAAGCCUGUGGCCCAGAAUAACAUUCCUAUUGCCCCAGCACCACCUCCCAUGCUCGCAGCUCCUCAGCUUAUCCAGAGGCCCGUCAUGCUGACCAAGUUCACCCCCACAACCCUUCCCACAUCCCAGAAUUCCAUCCACCCCGUCCGUGUCGUCAAUGGGCAGACUGCAACCAUAGCCAAAACGUUCCCCAUGGCCCAGCUCACCAGCAUUGUGAUAGCUACUCCAGGGACCAGACUCGCUGGACCUCAAACUGUACAGCUUAGCAAGCCAAGUCUUGAAAAACAGACAGUUAAAUCUCACACAGAAACAGAUGAGAAACAAACAGAGAGCCGCACCAUCACCCCACCUGCUGCACCCAAACCAAAACGGGAGGAGAACCCUCAGAAACUUGCCUUCAUGGUGUCUCUAGGGUUGGUAACACAUGACCAUCUAGAAGAAAUCCAAAGCAAGAGGCAAGAGCGAAAAAGAAGAACAACAGCAAAUCCGGUCUACAGCGGAGCAGUCUUUGAGCCAGAGCGUAAGAAGAGUGCAGUCACAUACCUAAACAGCACAAUGCACCCUGGGACUCGGAAGAGAGGUCGUCCUCCAAAAUACAAUGCAGUGCUGGGGUUUGGAGCCCUUACCCCAACAUCCCCCCAAUCCAGUCAUCCUGACUCCCCUGAAAAUGAAAAGACAGAGACCACAUUCACUUUCCCUGCACCUGUUCAGCCUGUGUCCCUGCCCAGCCCCACCUCCACAGACGGUGAUAUUCAUGAGGAUUUUUGCAGCGUUUGCAGAAAAAGUGGCCAGUUACUGAUGUGCGACACGUGUUCCCGUGUAUAUCAUUUGGACUGCUUAGACCCCCCUCUGAAAACAAUUCCCAAGGGCAUGUGGAUCUGUCCCAGAUGUCAGGACCAGAUGCUGAAGAAGGAAGAAGCAAUUCCAUGGCCUGGAACUUUAGCAAUUGUUCAUUCCUAUAUUGCCUACAAAGCAGCAAAAGAAGAAGAGAAACAGAAGUUACUCAAAUGGAGUUCAGAUUUAAAACAAGAACGAGAACAACUAGAGCAAAAGGUGAAACAGCUCAGCAAUUCCAUAAGUAAAUGCAUGGAAAUGAAGAACACCAUCCUGGCCCGGCAGAAGGAGAUGCACAGCUCCCUGGAGAAGGUAAAACAGCUGAUUCGCCUCAUCCACGGCAUCGACCUCUCCAAACCUGUAGACUCUGAGGCCACUGUGGGGGCCAUCUCCAACGGCCCGGACUGCACCCCCCCUGCCAAUGCCGCCACCUCCACGCCGGCCCCUUCCCCCUCCUCCCAGAGCUGCACAGUGAACUGUAACCAGGGGGAAGAGACUAAAUAACAGAGCCCCUCUAAGAGAAGCCACGGGAUCCCGGCGGCAAGGAGAGCAGAACACUGAAGACUCUAGAAAAGCAAAGCCGGAUUUCUGGAAAGUGCAGAAUUCUUUUGGUUCUUUGGUUCCAGAGAGAGAGAAGAUGCUUGUGCCAGGUGGCACCAGAGUUUGCCAAUUGAUCCUUCUUAUUCUGUGUGUACAUGCAAAGAUUGGACCAUGUUACAUGAAAUAGUGCCAGCUGGAGGUUCUUUGCCAGCACCAUGCCAAGUGAAAUAAUAUAUUUACUCUCUCUAUUAUACACCAGUGUGUGCCUGCAGCAGCCUCCACAGCCACGAUGGGUUUGUUUCUGUUUUCUUGGGUGGGGAGCAGGGACGGGCGGAGGGAGGAGAGCAGGUUUCAGAUCCUUACUUGCCGAGCCGUUUGUUUAGGUAGAGAAGACAAGUCCAAAGAGUAUGUGGGCUUUCCUGUUUCUAAACUUUCGCUACUAUAAAACCAAAAAAAGGAAUUGAGAUUUAACCAACCCUAGUGCCCAGAAGAGGGAAGGGGAGUGGCUGGAGGGAGCAGGGGGUGGGACAGUGUAUCAAAUAAGCAGUAUUUAAUCACAUCUGGUGGGGGCCUCGUGCAAGGGGAGACCGACACCAAGAACAGCCAGUAGGUUCUUCUCCCCUGCGCUCUGCUCCCUGCGCAGUAACCCCACCACUCCUGAAGCCUGCCCAGUCUCCUUCCUUCCCUGCUUGGUGAAUCGCGCAUCUCCGUGGUUAUCCCGCUGUCUCCUCUCCAAGAACAAGCAGAGCCCGGGCCACUGGCCCUUGCCCAAGGCAGGGAAGAAGGAUGUGUGUGUCCAGGAAGGAAAAAAAGGUGGAUCAGUGAUUUUACUUGAAAACAAGCUCCAUCCCUUUUCUAUAUUUAUAAGAAGAGAAGAUCUUGAGUGAAGCAGCACGCGACCCAGGUGUGUGUGAAUUGAAUGGAGACGUUUCUUUUCUCUUUCUUUAAUUUUUGUUUUUGUUCUUUUUUUCUUUAAGGAAAGUUUUAUUUUACUGUUCAUUUUACUUUCUUGGUAACAAAAACUAAAAUAAGGAAUAGAAAAGCUGUUUUUCAGGCUGACAGUCCAAUUAAGGGUAGCCGAGACCUUGCAUGGUAGAGUAGGAAUCAUAGUGUCAGUGAGGUCCCGUGAGUCUUUGUGAGUCCUUGUGUCAUCGUUCGGGCACUGUUUUUUUAUGCAAGGGCAAAAAUCUUUGUAUCUGGGGAAAAAAACACUUUUUUUUAAAUUAAAAAGGAAAAUAAAAGAUAUUGAGGUCUUCCUAGUGUUACUUAAAUUAAGAUCAAGGUAAGAAACAUUGUAAAAAAAAAUUACAAAAGUGCUAUUUGUUUCCUAAAAACAGUGAUUUCUAUUAAAAAGGUGUCAGAACUGGAGAAAAUGCCGUGUAGUUAUAAUUUUUUAGCACAGACCCUGCUGAUCACGAUGACAUUUUGCUGUGUGUGUGUCUCUAGACUGGUGGGCCAGUCUCCUUGAAGGACAGAGGCGGAGCUCCCCACCCUUCUCUCUCCUCAGAAAAGACCGUGCUCUCUUCUUGGUGCAGGGAUCUUGUCUCCUGUUGUGAAGCCCAAAUGGAAGUGUGGAUGGUAUCAGGGCCCUACCCGUGGUCUUCUCAGAUUCUGCUAGAGCAAAAGGCUGGUGCCUAAAUAAGAUCCCUUCCUUUGGUGCUGCUUUUGGUCUUUCAGCCACCAGCAUUAUGAGUGCCUGGGGGACACCUCCAAGGGAACUGGCCAGCGGAGCUCAGUGGUGCGCACGCACCCUGGCUGUGACAGGAGGGUGCGGGAGUACAGGCUGGCUGCAUCAGCCCUUGGUGCUUAGAAAGAACAGAGGAGGAGUGACAUGUUUUGAGGGUACGUCUCUGAGACAGAGCCCCAGCAUGGCCUUCGCUCUGUCUUGCCUUUGGGGAGAGGUCUGAAGCUCCCGCUCCUUUCUCUGCGUGUUGGCUCCAGGCACCAGAAAUUUACUCCACUCUACCCACCCACAGGCCUCCUGGGUGACCCUGGGCUAGAAUUGCUGCGCUUGCCUCGGCUUUGCCGGUUGUGGCCUCUCCUUCUUGAGAAAACCAGGGUUGUGAAAGACUCAGACCAUUCUCUCAUCUUGCCUUGUCAGAAGUAAAUUGUGUCAGAUGCGUGCUCUCGCUGGAGACCUUUGCCCCUUGCAUGCCCCUGGCUGAUGGGAGGGCGGCGGAGGCUCUGUACCCUGGCCCUGCUGCAGCAUCUCCCCCAAGCCCACUUCAGGCCCUGGGAAUGGCCAGAGUCUAGGAGAGGUAGAAACGAUCCUAUCAGCUUCUCUCCCACCCAAUUAGGCCCAGAGAGACAAAGACAGAUCUGAAAGCAAAUGCAACAGAGAAGAGAUACUUCUUAGAGUAAAAUGUGUCUCAUCUCUAUCAGCCAUCACCAUUCAUCUUCCCAAGGGCCUCAGAAGAAGGAAUUAAGUUUGGCUGAACAGGCCUCAGAGUUAGGCCCUGGCUGCUUGAUUGGCUGAGGGGGAAAGAGUUCUCUUUUCUCAUUCAGAAACCAAGGUGCUGUGUCUAGUCAGGGAGCCUUGGAGAUGCCUGGACUAGUUGGAGGAAUCGUUGGCAGAGGAUCAGAGACCAGCAGCAGGCUGUCUGCCCUGUCUAGAGCUCUUCCCCUCAACUUGUCUGGGCCCAUCUGGGGGUUGCCACACAACACCUAACUUACCUUUUCCUGAAAUAAGUUGGGAAGCCAUCAUCACUAGAGGCCUUUGCUCAGAGAGGAGCUGCCUGAGGAGUCUCGGGUCGGGGGACGGGGCCAGGAAUUGACCAGGGCUUUGCCUGCCGCCCUCAGCAGUGUUGGGUACAUUCUGACCUCGCCUGCAGCUGGGCUGUGGAUUCUUCCUGACAUUCAGAUGUGAGCUGUUUUGGGAGUCAGCUAGUAUGGAGUACAAGAUGCAACCCAGCCCCCAAACCUACAUUCUGCACUCAAAUUCCAAAACACUGCUUUACUGUAAAGAAGAGGCCCCUGGCACUCAAUCUCCCUGUCCUUCACUGUCCCCUCAGACCUGGGCGGGGUGGGGGGGCCUGUGACCACCUGAGACAUACGUUCGUGACACUGCCCCACCCCAGCCACCUCCACUUGCUUCCUCCUCCUUCCCUCCGCUGCUCUUUCCCCAUGGCCCAGAAUUUAGCUGCUCUGACAGCCACUUUUGAGACCAGCUGGCUUUGCAGUCACUUCAGAGAGCUGGAGCGGCUGCCCACUGGGCCCUGACUGGGAGUCCCCUGCCAGCUCCUGAUCAGGCGCUGCACCCUGGUGGCAGUGAUGACUGGGAGUCCCCUGCCAGCUCCUGUCCAGGCACUGCAUCCUGGUGACAGUGAGGCCAUGUUGCUGUCAUCUCCACCUCUGCAUUCUUGCUGCCCGCGGGUCCUUUUUCUUUCAUGGAGCCUGCUGGGUCUUGUCUCACCUGUGCUGAGCUCAUCUGGGGUUUUGAUUUCUUCUUUCCUUAUCAGGCCCUUUGGGGUAAGCCUGCUGGUUGUACCUGACAUAGGGAGGCAGUUAGGGGCAGUCCCUGGUGGGACCGCCCUGGCAGCCUCCAGCUGGCACCAUCGUGUGCCUGGUUUCCCUGCAACACCUGCCUCUCUGUCCCUGCUGCUGCUUGGCUCAGGCCCAACAGGCAGCGUGCAUGGAGGUGGUUGCACACAGCUGUUUCCGUGAGGGUGACCGUAUCUGCAGCACGCUUCCGUCUCCGCAUGCAUGGCUGCUUCUCCAGCCACCUCUGAUACUUCUCUCUUGGGGCCAUCAGAGCCUCCCUUGGGCUGUCACCUCCCAGCUCACACACACUCUUCAGUGGUUUCCUCCCUUCAUUCUCUUAUAGGGCGUGGUCCUUCUUAUUUAUCUAAAGGGCUGAAUUUAGGAGACUUUUUACCCAGGGGCAAAAGGCUCUUAGGAUAAUGAGAUGGAUGGUGGCCCAGGUGCAUUUUCCAGGGCCUGGGUUCUCCAGAUCCCGUGGCUUCUGUUGAGUGGAGGCAACUUUGCUCUGUGUGAACCUCGCCCCUGUCCCUCUGCCGGGUACCCCCUGGCAGGAAGCAGGACUCCCAUUCUCACCCUGACUUAGACUGUCCCCUGAGUCAGCUCCUCUCCAAGACAGGAGUGGGCAGCCCUGGGCAGUCUUCUGGCCCCUUGCUAAAGUGAGGGGCCGGAAGCUGGGGCUGCCCUCCAGAAAGCCAGGGUAGGAACUCUGAAAAAUAACUCCUCUAAACGGAAGCAGGGCUCUCCAGUUCCACAAGGCCCUUCCUCCCUGAGGACCCCACCCCCUACCCCUUCCCCAGCAGCCUUUGGACCCUCACCUCCCUCUGGUGUCCGUGGGUCCUCAGCCCAGGGUGAGCUGCAGUCAGGCAGGACGGGACGGGCAGGCCAGAGGUCAGCCAGCUCCUAGCAGAGAAGAACCAGCCAGACCCCAACCCUGUCUCUUGUCCAUGCCCUUUGUGAUUUCAGUCUUGGUAGACUUGUAUUUGGAGUUUUGUGCUUCAAAGUUUUUGUUUUUGUUUGUUUGGUUUUUGUUUUGAGGGGGUGGGGGGAUACAGAGCAGCUGAUCAAUUUGUAUUUAUUUAUUUUAACAUUUUACUAAAUAAAGCCAAAUAAAGCCUCUCA